CCUUCCGCUGAGAACUCGACCAAAAUCGUACCCGUAAUUGGCCCUCGGCUUUAGUGGAAACCAUUUUGCCUCGGAAAAGCCCGCGCCAUUUUCAUGCUCGCCGGCGCCACUAUCUCAACGCACUUCCGAGUCCUCAGCGUUCCGCUCUUCCAAGUUUCCCUUUCCAUCCCAAAACUCGCCACAAAUCGCUUCGCCUCGUUUCGUGUCUUCCAUUCCCCAUUCAAAAUCCCUCCGUCAUCGCUCUCGUGCUUUUCAAGCUCUUUCACCGCCGCCGCCGGGAGAUCACGCCUCAACCUCACUUCUCCCGGCCCGAUGGCUCCUUCAUCGAAAGCUAAAACCGUGGCGGAGUACGCCAAAUCAGGCCGGUCCUCAUGCAAGAAGUGCUCCCAGUCCAUUCCUGCUAAAUCCCUCCGAUUGGGUCUCGUCUCCCGAGACGCCCGAGGGUUUGACCUGACUAAGUGGUACCACAUGCAUUGCUUCUCCGAAACCCUCGACUCCGUUGAGCUGAUUGCCGGUUUCGAUUCUCUUCAGAGCGGUGAUCAGGAUGCUUUGAAGAAACUGGUGGAUGAAUGCAAGAGUUCCAUUGACAAGGUUUCGAAUGGAGCUACAGAGGUUCAAAAGGGAAGCAAGAAAGGAAGAAAGAAUCCGGAAGCUGAUGAAGAUGGACUUGAAGAUGAAGAGAAUAAGGUCACAAAGAAAAUUAAGCCGACGGCCAAGGAAGAAACCAGGGCUGAUAUAGUGUUCUCGAUUUCGGAUGUGAUGCAGACGUAUAAGGGUGCUACUCUACUUCCAAAGUGGAAGGCCUUUCAGACAGUCAUAUUUCUUGAGACGGAUGAUGGACUUCGUGAUUCUGAUAAAGUUGCUGCAUUUGAUUUUGACGGAUGUCUAGCAAAAACGUCUGUUAAGAGAGUUGGUGCAGAUGCUUGGUCCUUAAUGUAUCCUUCUAUCCCCGACAAGCUCAGUAGCUUAUAUAAUGAUGGUUACAAACUGGUUAUCUUUACAAAUGAGUCUAACAUAGAUCGCUGGAAGAACAAAAGACAGGUAGCAGUGGACUCCAAAAUUGGACGCCUGAACAACUUUAUUCAGCAUGUGAAGGUCCCAAUUCAGAUUGAGACAAUUGUUAUCUCACAUUCAAAAUGCGUACUUCCUGUGUCUUGUCAACCUCAAAUUCUGACCAUUGAAUUGUCUGCUCAGCAGUUCCAGCAGUUCCACUUACAGGAGUAUUAUGUGUACAGAUCCUUCUAUGUCGGGGAUGCAGCAGGGAGAGAUGAUGACCAUAGUGAUGCUGACUUAAAAUUUGCUCAGGCUGUGGGGUUGAAGUUUCAUGUGCCUGAGGACUUCUUCGGUGCAUAAUAGAAUAACCACGCUCUGCCUACAACCUCCCGAUCGACUGUUUUGCUAUGUCUGAAAUUAGAUUAGAUUAGUUGUCCAGAUUGUAUGUUGCUCAGGUGAUAGGUGUUGCUGCCUCUGGCCCUUGGCAUGCCAGCAAUCCCUGAAUAUGUUUGUAACAUUGGUAGCCUGUGAAAGAAGAGAUCUUGCCAUCUGGUGGUGUGGUGGAGAUCAAUUUUUCUUCAACUCUUGCUCUUAUUAAAUCGUCGGGGCUAUCACAGGAUCCGUAAUUGUAGUCCUUAUGGUCACACUGAGCUAUAGUUGAUAGCAGAGGAACUCCCUGAGACUGAGAGAGACUAACAGGGUUUCACAACUCAAGUCAUGUUUGUUCUGGAAAAUCUUAAUCAUGGAAUUAACAAUUUAUUGAGUCGACCAA